AUGAAUAGCAUCCAAAUACGCGGUGUGAUUUAUACUCUGCUACAGCUAACUGAUGAGCAGAAACACAACGGUGUCAUAGCAAUCUCAAUGGGAUAUUUUGCUCAAAUUCUUUGUUAUUUUGGACAGAAGUUUAGAAUACCAGUGACAGUAGUGAUGCAGAAAUCAACGGCACAGGAAAUAGUUGAUAAGUGUCAAUAUCUGGGAGCAACAGUAAUUGCUCAGGGUGACAAUAUAGUAGAAGUAUAUAAUAUCGCUUUGCAAAUUGCCAGAACAAGAGGUUUAUGUUAUCUUGACGGAAACGAUCAUCCAGAUAUGAUUAUUGGCCAAGCUACUUUGGGCCUAGAAAUUUUUGAACAGUUAGAUUUUGGAAAGAAAAUUGAUGCAGUGAUAUUGCCGACGACGGUCGAUGCUUGUGGAGUAAACGCAGCUAUUGCAAUGGCUAUCAAAGAAUGGAAUUCAAAUAUAAAAAUUAUCGAGGUCCAAACUAAAGUUCAAGAUCUUUUAAUCAACAAUAUUAGACAAAAAUGUUAUAACAUAGCUUUUCCCGGUCCGAAUGUAUAUAUGGGAUAUAAAAAUUUACUUCAAGACAUAAGGUAUUAUUUGUUCGAUCGGGUUGUUCUGGUAUCUGAACCACUUAUUCAAGAAGCUGCUAAUUUUCUACUAACAAAAGAAAAUUUCAAUGAUUAUUACGCAGCGAUUGCUUUAGCUGGAAUUCUAACUGGUAACCUGAACGAUUUAAUAAAAGAAAAAAGUGUGCUGAUACCUCUAUUCGGCAAAAAGGAUAACUCUAACAACUUCAUGGAUAAAUCAAGUUUGCAGCCUGGUUCCUCAACAUCUUUCUCUUAAAUAAGCGUCUUUAUAUUUC